CUGGUAUCCCUAGAUUUGCUUUGCAUGCAUGGUGAAAAAUAGUAAAAAUGUUGAGUAAACCAAAAUAAAAAAAUACAAAUUCAAUUCACUAUUUUUCAAGAAAUUCUUUUCUACUUCGGUGCCUUUCAUCAGUUUUGAACCUUUCUAAUAAGUAAUUCAGUAAUAAGAUGGAUGCUGCUGAUCGUCUUCUAAACAAUGAGAGACUGGGGGCACAUAAUUUAGAAGAGGACCAAUUAUUGAAGAAGUCACAGCCUGGAGUGAAGAGUGACUUAGUAAAUGAGUGUAAAGUAUUUAUUAAGGCGGAGGAUGGCAGUGGAGAUGGACAAGUAAAUACUUUUGCAGCUAUGAUACCAAAACAGUCAGUUUCAGAUACACCUAAUUUUGCCACUUCAACACCAGACCCAAAAAAGGAAACCCCAUCCGAUGAUCAUGUUAUUGUUGAUUCUAAUCCGGAAUGUGAUAUGGAGGAUGGUAUAUCUGAAUUGCCGACAGAUGAUGGUCUUCCAAGCACAGUGACAGUGCUGGAUGCUCCUGAUGGUGGGAAAGUGUAUUUAGUGGGUACUGCACACUUCAGCAUACAAUCUCAAGAGGAUGUAUCCAGGGUAAUACAAGAAGUAAACCCACACAUUGUGAUGGUAGAAUUAUGUGAACAGAGAACUAAUAUUUUGUUAUUAGAUGAAGAAGUUAUACUUAGGGAAGCUAAGAACAUUAACAUUAAAAAGAUAAGAGCGACAAUGGCUCAGAAUGGCGUAUUCAACGGACUUAUGUACAUAUUGUUGUUAAACAUGUCCGCCCACAUCACUAGGGAGUUGGGUAUGGCUCCCGGUGGGGAAUUCAGGCGUGCAAUGGCUGAGGUAACUAAAUUAAUACUACAACAUAAGAAGAGGACUUAA